UUUCAUCAAAUUGGGGAAAGUUCCCAAAUCUCACAAGCCUACGGAUGUCAAACAAUGAGAUUACUGGUAGGAUACCUCCAGAGCUUGCAGGGAAUUCAUCUCGACUACAACGACUUGACCUUUCUUCCAACCAUUUAAUUGGAGAGAUUCCCCAGGAAUUAGGGAAAAUGAAGGCUUUGUCAAGCCUUAAUUUGAGCCAUAAUCAGCUUUCAGGUAGGUUGCCAUCCGAAAUUGGAAAGUUUUCUAACUUGAGAGAACUUGACCUGUCAGCCAACAAUCUAACUAGACCUAUUCCAGAGCAGCUAGGGGAUUGCUUCAAAAUGAUUUACCUACACCUGGGUAAGAACAGAUUUAAUGGAAGCAUUCCAAAACGAAUGGGUAACCUGAUUUCACUACAACUUCUAAUGGAUCUUAGUCAUAAUCAACUCUUGGGUGAGAUACCAUCAGAGAUUGGGCAAUUGCAUAGUCUGGAAAUUUUAAGUCUCUCACACCAUGUGCUCUUUGGUUUCAUUCCCUCAUCACUGGAAAAAAUGUUGAGUUUGACAUCCAUUGACAUAUCAUACAAUGAGUUGGAAGGUCCAAUUCCCAAAAUCAAAGCCUUCGAAGAUGCUCCUAGAGAAGCUUUCACGCACAAUAAAGCAUUGUGUGGCAAUGCUGCAAAAGGUUUGCCCUCUUGCAAUUCCUCAAUGAUAGAAAAGAGGAAUACUGAAAAGAAACACAUGCUGGUCAUUUAUAUCUUACUUCCUAUUUUGAGUGCAAUGUUUCUACUAUUCAUACUUAUAGGAAUUGCUUUUGCUUUUCAAAGAAAAGCAAAGAAGAAGAUAGAAAUGGGACAAACGGAAAGAAUUGAUCAAGGAGAUCUAUUCGCCAUAUGUAGGUAUGAUGGUAGAAUUGUGCAUGAAAAUAUCAUUGAGGCCACUGAAAACUUUGAUGACAAGCAUUGCAUUGGGAAGGGAGCAUAUGAAAGUCUUUACAAAGCAACUUUAUCAACUGGUCAAGUGGUAGCUGUGAAGAAGCUUCAUCCAUUACAAGAAGAUGCUGAAAUGGUCAAUAAAAAACAUUUUACAAAUGAGAUCCAUGCAUUGACUGAAAUACGACAUCGAAACAUUGUGAAAUUUUAUGGUUUUUGCUCACAUGUGUGGCACUCAUUUCUGGUUUAUGAGUAUUUGGAAAGGGGAAGUUUGGCGAAAAUCCUAGGAGAUGUAAGAGGGCAACAGAUUUGGAUUGGAUCAAGAGAAUAAGUGUAAU